AUGGACAGUGGUUGCUCGCAGAAUCCACAACGGCGGAAAAGGUCCCAUCGUUGCGACGUGUGCGAAAAAUAUUUUGCGUCCUCGAACCAGGUGAAAACCCACGCGAGGUUCCACACUGGGGAGAAGCCCUUCCAGUGCUCGGAGUGUCAGCGAGGGUUCAGCCAGAAAAGCGAUCUCACGAGACACGUGAGGAUCCAUACAGGGGAGAAGCCCCACAAGUGCUGGGUUUGCAUGCAAAGUUUCAGACUAAAGUCCCACUUGACGAACCACAUGGGCACCCACACCGUAGAACGGCCCCACAAGUGCUCAGUUUGUCCACAAGCAUUUGGUACUGCAGGUAGUCUCGUGAGGCAUAUGAGGACCCAUACUGGGGAGAAGCCCCACAAGUGUAUGGUGUGUUCACGGGAGUUCAGCCAAAGUAGUCAUCUGGCAAGCCACGGAAGGACCCAUACUGGGGAGAAGCCCCACAAGUGCUCGGUUUGUCCACAAGCUUUUGCUCAGAAAAGCGACCGGACGAAGCACAUGCGGGUACACACGGGUGAAAAACCCUUCGAGUGUGUCCUUUGCAAGAAAAGAUUUUCGAGGAGGGAUAGUCAAAAAGUGCACCUUGUCUACUGUGCCAAGCACCAUGGAAGAUGA